CACCGCACCGCCCGACCAGCGCCGAGGCACUACCGCACUUGCUUGCCCACGGCCAGGCGCGGGUCCAGCCGCCUCCGACCGCCACCACAGCGCCUCCACUGCCUGCAGGGACGCCACCGCUACCCGCCCGGCUACCUCCGUUGCCGCCGCCAACACGCGAGUCUCCUCCUCCCUGAUCGAGAUCGAGUCGACACACAUACACCACCAACCACCGGCCGGCCGCCGCGCGCCGGUGAGCAGGAUGGGGAGGCCGCCGUGCUGCGACAAGGUUGGGGUGAAGAGAGGGCCAUGGACGCCGGAGGAGGACCUGAUGCUGGUCUCCUACAUCCAGGAGCACGGCGCCGGCAACUGGCGCGCCGUGCCGACCAACACCGGGCUGAUGCGUUGCAGCAAGAGCUGCCGGCUCCGGUGGACGAACUACCUCCGGCCGGGGAUCAAGCGGGGGAACUUCACCGAGCAGGAGGAGAAGCUCAUCGUCCACCUCCAGGCUCUCCUCGGCAACCGGUGAUUUCACCAAUGAAAGAUGGAACAUUUAUUGAUUGGGAUAUUGUUGACAAUAUAUGGAAUCAUGCUUUCAGGUGAGUUGCUUUAUCUAUUUGAUGCAGAUCUGAGUAAUUUUGUGCCAAAAGUGCACGCCCAAAAUGCUGGCCACACUUGUGGCAAAACUUGUCUGAAAAAUAAAUCUAUGACAUGAGAGGCACUAGAGUAACAAGGUUUGGCACACUGCUUAUGUGGUUCACCAAACACUUGCUCGUUGCC